UUAGCGAGCGAGUUGGAUGAAGUGAGUUGUGUGAGUGGCCUAGUUAGGGAGCAGUAUCUGGUAGACCGCUCGGCUGAUGCCAGUGUGGAGGGAAACAGCUGGUCAGAAGUCCGAGUUUUGACUGCUUGCAGACGUGGUUCUGAUUUGCAAGAUCCAUGGCAAACUGAAAUAAUGACUGACCCGCAGAGAAGCACGAGGAACUCAGCAGAUUUGAAAAAUGAGGACGGCUAUGAAAUCUCUAUUCCCUUUGAAGACAAUAAUAUGGGACAGACUGUUUUUUACAACCAGAAUGAUCAUGUGUUUGAUGCAGAGACAGCUUCAGGCCAUGCUACCCCCUGCAAUCCAUACCUACUGAUGUCCAACCUUCGUGUGCAGCUGCAGAUCGCUCUGGAGAAGAACUCCUGGUUGCAGAAACGCAUUGAGGACCUGGAAGAGGAAAGGGACUUCCUGCGCUGUCAGCUGGACCGGUUCAUCUUCACUACCAAGAGUCAGGAGAGGAGUGAGCAUCAACCUGAGGCUCCACAGCAACGCACUCCCAAAAAAACCAUCCCUCGCAGGGCCUCGACCCCGUCUCCAAAGCCCAUGAUGACCCGCUCUGGCCAAGUCCCCACACGCAACCUCAACCAAAAGCGAAGGAGAGUAAGAAACAGCAGUGUCCAAGACGAGGAUGAGGAGGAGGUCAUAGAGGAGGAAGAGUACCUGGAGGAGGAUGGCUACCUUGAAGAGGAGCAGACCGUAUCGGAUGAUGAGUCUGACAGCAAAAGCUCCAAAAGAAGCAAGUUGAGUAGCAGGUCAAAUGGUGGGCAGACAAGAGUGAAGCGAACCCGGGUGUUCCGCAUUGCACGCAGCAUGGAAAGACAAAGAGUAAAAGAUCCUGCUGGAGUUCUGCAUCGCUACAAGAAGAUUCUGGUUACUUACCAGAAAAUGAAGAGCAUGUCCAGAGCCUUCCAGGUUCAUGGGGUUGACCGUAAUACUGUGGCCUCCACCACUCCCAUUGCUGAGCUGCUGCUGGUUGCCCCCGAGAAAGUGGCAGAGGUUGGCGAGUUCGAUUCCUCCAAGGAGAAGCUUCUGGACUACGCACGACGCUGUUACAAGGCCCUCGAUGAGACCGCUCAUGCCAAGGUCCAGGCUUGGAAGAAAAGCAGCCUCCUAUUGCCCAUCUCCUACAGAUUCAGGAACUGAUUCAACAAAAACCUCUUACACUCACCGAAGUGAGUGAUCAGAGGAGGAGCCAGCCAUGGUGUCAAAACAAGCAGUUAUGCUUGCUUUAUUUUUUUCUACCUCACCUGUUCAUGAUUUGGGCAAAAAUACAUUAAAGUCCAAGGUUUGUGGCAUUUCUUCUGAUUGAUCAUCACAUGCUUGUGAUGGUGAUUUAUGUGACUUCUGGAAUGUUUGUUUGUGAUUUACUAAUGGUUUGGUUGUAAUAAGGAGUGAUGGAAGUUAGUUUGCCAUUUGUAUUAGUUUGAGUGCACCUGUCCAUGUAAGACAGCGUGGGUGUGUAAUGCUGAAGAAUAAAACUGAGCACUGACAGAAUUUGAGGGUGUGGAGAGCAGAAGAAAAAAAAAGGAGAACAUAAAAAAAAAUUAAAUUUAAAGAUUUGUGAAGAAAGCAGUCUGUCAUUGUAUUUAAGGGCUAUCUAUAUUUUUUUACAUCUUUAUUAUUAUUUGACCAAAAAAAUGUUACCGCUGCCUUCCUCACUCCCAAAUGGAGCAUGUAUUCUUUUUUCCCUAGCACUUUUACGUUCCUGUCUUAAGUCUGAAGCCAUACAGAGAUCAGGGGGUCAAAGAGAUUUAUUUUGAAUUAUUACCUGCUGCCAGGACAUCCACUGGAAAACAUGGCCAGAAAACACUUAGAAGUAAGACUGAAAAAAAAAUGGUAGUCCAAGGUAGAAGCUAGUAGAGCUAAUCAACGCUGUCAAGCUUUUUCAGUUAAUAGUAGGUUGAGAGUGUUGACUGUAUGUAGUUUAAUACCUUUUAGAUGAUGAAAAGAUAGCAUGCUGGUUUACUUCUCUUAGUAUUUUCCACUCUAGCUUGACUUUAAUACUGAACUUGUACCAUGUAAACACCAGUUAUGUGAUUAUAUUCAGGAAUAGCAUUUGCUAACUGACUGUUAUUACACAUCAGUAAAAACUGUAACUCUGUGCUGCCUUUAUUAUGUUACUGAAGUCUUAAUACACUGUGUUGAUGGUAAGUGAAUGUUUGUUUGUUUGUUUAUCUGGGCACCUUUUUUGAAAUUUGGAUGGUCGUGUGAGAGAUUAUCUUUUGGUUUUGUUCUUUCUACUUUUUUUCCAUUUUUACAAGUACUAAUAGUUCUUAAUGUAGAACUCCACUGAUUGUUCUGAAUUUCUGUGUAAUUAAACGGUUGAGAUGCAAAGGUUGGUGUAAAAUGCUGAGUUGUAGAGAAACUUGGAGUCAGAGUGAUUCAGUGGGGGAGAUGGGAGCCAGACGUCUGCCUCUUAAAGCUCCCUCACAGAAAGGUAUUACAUGAAGUGGUUAUGAAAACUCUUCAGUGAUGUCUGAAACUUUGUUUUACGGUUAUUUUGUGGUAAUGUUUUUGCCUAAAAUGUAAUUCAACCAGUAUAUUGUAAACUAUUCAUGGUGGAGGGAUACGUGAAGGGUUUUCUAAGGUAAAAUUGUCCUCUGAAAACAUCAACAAUGUUACAUAUAAAAAAAAAAAGUCAGAAGACUUGUAGGUCCAGGUAGGUGUUUUGGAUGGUAAAUAAAAUGGCUAUAUUUAUGUUGUAGACAUAAAUCACCACCACUAAAGAAAUGAGAAUCUGCAAGUUUCUCUACAAUGAACCAUUUCGCAUCAAAACUUUGUUUACAUCUCAACCACUGAAUUAUGCAAACAUUUAGAAAAAUCGGUGGAAUUCUCCUUUGAAGCUCAGGAGAUCAUCAAAAGUAGUCCAGAUUCCUCCAUUCAGUGCACUAAAACAACAGGCCUUACCCAUUAUCUUGACCCUGUUCUUCAUAGGAGCUAAUUUAGUUAGCUGGAUCACUUGAAUAUAAAACUGAGGUGCCUCAUGAGUGCUAGAGCUGUAAAUAAGACUUUGCAGGAAAAAUACAUUAACAAUGUUCACGAAACCAACUCUGAGCUAGCUGUGAGCAACACUGUCCAAUUUGUGGUGUUUCUCAAUUAGCCAGAACGCACUCUCUGAGAGGUUAAGUGCACAUCAGUUGGUCUUCUUUCUGGUAAUCAGCUGAGCGAGUCCUGCCUUGGUAGAUGUUCUUUUGGUUGGACUCUCAGGGCCAGUUGAAGUUAAAGCCAAAGUCAGCUUGUUAAACCAAAACUCAGAAUUCAUAACGUGUUCCCUGCAGCUCUGAGAGUUUAUUACAAUUCAGCAGCAUUUUUCACUUGGCUGGACAGCAUAAGCUAGUCAUGCAGUGUGUUCAAUAAGGAUGUUCUUUAGCACAAAUCUUAUUUGACACGGUGUCUUUUAGUUUACCAAGCUCACUGUGGAACAGUGGUUCAUAUAAAACCACUGAUGCCUUUUUUAAUUGUGAGUUUGAAAUGUGCAAAGCUGCUUCUGUUGGGCUGCAGUGAGGCAGCAUAUCUGUCUUUCUCUUUUUAACAUAUCUGUGUUAACCUCUUUCCUUUCUGCAAGCCUAUUACAUUCUUCACUAUAAAAUAUGACUUUUGGUCCGUGUUUAUUUUUACUACUUAUGUCUAAUGUAACAUGUAUACCACUUUGUAAGAAACUUUAUUAAAAAAAAUGUAAAACUA